CAAGCGUUUUUUCAACAUGGCGGCGGCCAUGGAGUAUUGAGAGCCAACGUAUUUUAUUCACUUGAAGUUUCUCCAGUCGCAUAUCGCGGAUUAAUUUAUAAAUGAGUGAUUAAGGUUGAUACGAAAAUGCAGGCUAAUGCGUUAAUAUCUCCCCGGGUGUUCACCGCAAUACAAAAUGUGAAUAUAAAGGAAUUGUCAAAGUGUACACAGAAAGAAAUACGUCCGUUAUUGCCGUGCCUAGUGCGUAUGAGUUUAAUAUCACCGUUGGAUAUAACCAAAGAGUGUGUGGAAUCACGAAAAGAAAUUCUGACUAUUUUGUCGGGUAUUGAAUCAGUCAACUCCAUUGUUGCAUUGUUGUCUAUAGAUUUUCAUGCCCUCGAGACUGACGUUAGGAAAGAGCAGCAGUUGAGACAAAAACUGGGAAACACCCAGGGUGAUAGUAUCCUUGCGCAAUCCCUACAAAGCGGUUUGGCCCUGGAAUUCGAGCGAAGUGAAUCUACCCGUCGAAUUCGCCUGGUUCUCAGUGAGCUCCUCUUCGUCUCUUCUCAAAUCCAUGAGUACCACAAGAACAACGAAUUCCUCAUAAAGCAAUCGGACCUUUUCGACAAUGCAGUCUAUAUGGAGGAGAUAGCUUACGUGAUCUGCAUAGCCCUGGCGGAGCUCCCAGCGCUCCUCUCCAUCCGCGACAUAGCAGAGACCCUUCUCCACGUGAAACACGGUCCAGAGAUCAUCUGUUGGAUUGUGGCCAACAGUCCGGACUCGUUUUCAGAGGUAUGUACUCACCUUAUCGCUAAUGGCGAGCGUCAAGAGGAGUCAGCCCUUAGCAGAAUUCGCACCCAAGCCUUGACAAUGCUCUGCCGAAUGAAUCCCAGUCGAGCACUGGCAGUUAGAGCAAAGUGCAUUGAACUCUGUCGAUUGCCAGCUCUCGCCAUAACUCUCAGCCUCGAACGACAGUGUUUGGAGUCGUCACAACUUGACAGUGAUGUAGUCGCGUUUGUCUCUGGUCUAUUAUUGGGAAGUGAUCAGCAAGUGCGAUCGUGGAUUGCCAUGUUCAUUCGAAAUGGUCAGAAACGAAAGGGAGAAUCCCAUACGGCAUUGCAAGCCCUCCGAGACGAGCUGUUGGUACGAUUGUGGGCUAUUGUGCCCAGAUCACCAGACUGCCAGUUGGCAGAGUGCCAAGUGGUACAGGCAAGUACUCUUCUUCGACUCUAUUGUGCACUGAGGGGUAUCGGGGGAAUCAAAUUUCAAGACGACGAAGUACCAAUGAUCGUUCAACUUCUGACCUCUCAUCCACCUCCCUCACCUGCUGGUGUUAGAUUUGUCUCGCUGGGCCUCUGCAUGCUGAUAGCUUGUCCAUCACUCAUCGGUCAUCACAAUCUCGAAAAGAAGAGCAUCGAGUGGGUGCAGUGGCUGGUGAGGGAAGAGGCUUAUUUCGAGAGUGCCAGUGGUGUUACAUCUAGUUUUGGAGAAAUGCUUCUUCUGAUGGCCAUUCAUUUUCACAGCAAUCAAUUGUCAGCAAUUUGCGAUCUUGUUUGUUCGACUUUGGGUAUGAAGAUACCGAUAAGGCCGAAUAAUUUGACGAGAAUGAAGCAAAUAUUCAUGCAAGAUAUAUUCACUGAACAAAUUGUCACAGCUCAUGCUGUCAAGGUGCCUGUCACUGCUAAUUUAAAUGCCAAUUUACCUGGUUUUUUGCCUGUUCAUUGCAUACAUCAGCUACUCAAGUCCCGAGCAUUCGCUAAACACCGAGUGCCAAUUAAGACUUGGAUUUAUAAACAACUUUGCAAUAGCGUUCCACCACUGCAUCCAGUUUUGCCGGCCCUGGUUGAAGUUUAUGUUAAUUCGAUUCUUGUUGUCAAUCACAAAAGUUCAGAGCACACCAAUAAACCUAUUAUGGAGGAUGAAAUUAGAAAGGUCUUUCAGAAUAGUGUGUUUGGAGCGAAUUUUGAUAUUAAGAAGAGUGCACUCAAUAUCAUGGAUAUGGAGACGGAUUAUCUGGAUGUUGACACCUCUAAGCCAUCGCUAACGUCACAGCUGUUAUUUCUGUAUUAUCUACUACUUUAUGAAGAUGUGAGACUAUCCAAUAUGCAUAACUUUAUAUCGCAGGGGAGAAAAGUUAAGAGUUAUUCGACAGAAUUUUUAUCAGAGUUGCCGAUUAAGUAUUUAUUGCAACAGGUCCAGAGGGAUCAAGCAAGCUAUGCUGGAUUAUUUUCACCACUUCUUAGAUUACUGGCCACACACUUUCCACAUUUGAGUCUCGUUGAUGAUUGGCUGGACGAUGAGAUGAUUAAUAUAGAAUCGCCAGCUGCUAAUUAUGAAAACGUGGUGAUUAAUGAUGUCUCGAUUAUUGAGGCUUUUGGACAUAUCAAGAGCUGUCCGUCGAGAACUGGAAGACUAUUGCGGCAAUUGAUGUCUAUGAAACCUACAGAUAUUUGGCCCCAUGCGGAAACUUUUAUACAUUAUUUUAAGGUGAUUCUGGAUGAGAAAGUGCCGAGGUAUAUUCAAGAAUUAUAUAAACAAGUCUGGCUGAGAUUAAACACAGUUUUACCAAGAUGUUUAUGGGUGAUGUCAACAAAUGCACUUUUGAUCGAAAAUCCAACGGUUCAGAAUGUUCGUCUUACCCAAGAAAACAUUGUUCUUGAUCCUCUCCAAGUACUCAGGUGUGAUACCAGAGUAUUCAGAUGUGCUCCAGUAUUAUCAGUAAUUCUGCGAAUCCUUCAAGCAACACUUGCUGCCUCAAGGUCACAAUUAUCAAGACACAUGCAGGACAGGCCUUUGACUGAAAAAGUAGGUCAACUUACGAGUGACGUUGAGAGGGAGGAUCUGAGAGCAGCACUGGUUGCGGGUCAAGAGAGUGCAGCGGUUCAAAUUCUUUUGGAAGCUUGCUUGGAGACGGACGAGGACCAACGCGUUCCUGGACAACUAUGGUCUCUGAGGGAGAUUAGGAGUGUAGUCUGUUCCUAUCUUCAUCAGGUUUUUAUUGAUGAACCCGCAUUGGCAAAACUUGUUCAUUUUCAGGGAUAUCCUCGUGAACUUCUCCCAAUAACCGUUUCCGGCAUACCCUCGAUGCAUAUCUGUCUGGAUUGGAUCCCAGAACUUUUAUCUCAGCCCGAACCAGAGAAGCAAGUUUUCGCAGUUGAUCUUGCCUCGCACCUGGCAGUACAAUAUGCAUUGCCAAAAGCCCUCAGUGUCGCUCGACUGGCAAUAAACACAUUGAUAACACUCCUGGGGGUUCUCCCAGCUACAGAUCGUAUUGUUCUCUUUAUGCCAGCCCUCUCACCUCUCAAGAGAAUUUGUCUAGCAUUUCCUCCUCUUGCGGAAGAUACCACUGGACUUCUUCUACAAUUGGGAAGAGUCAGCUCGGCUCAAGCAGCUCUCGGAGAUAAAUCCGCGGAAAUGCUCUGCCAGGAAGUCAACUCAACGUUCGCCUCAGUUAUACAAAACUCCAUUCUGCAACCUAAGAUUUAUUGAAGGCUGACAUUAAUUUUUCUACAACUUGACUUCGAAUUCAUUAUUUAAACACACGUAAUUUCCACAAACAUAAUGAAGAUGAUUUCUCCACCCCGGCAAUCAAUAGAUUAUAUGAUCGUAAUGAUCUGUGCAUGACAGAGAGCCUAGGACAGAGCUGUGGCA